AUGGCAACCAAGUUUCUCACUUUCAACCAGGAACUGAACGAGGCGGUGGACCUCAAGGACUGGGUUAAGGAGGAAGCCGUGCCGGAGGAGCCUCUCCCUCUGCGGUACGUCUGGCACGUUUGGGAGCAGGUCCAGCAGGACGACAGAUCCAAAGAGUAUUCAGACAACACCCGCGAUUUGGCUGCCUUCGACACUGUUCAGAAGUUCUGGCAGCUCUGGUCGUACAUUCCGCAACCCAGCGAACUGCUGGACCACAAGCGGAUGGUCCGACAGGACAAGAACGGACGCAGCCAUGUCGUCGACGCUUUGAUGAUUUUCAAGGACGGCAUCAAGCCGAUGUGGGAGGAUCCGCGAAACGCCACCGGCGGGCAUUUCGAGUACCGCCUUUCGUAUCCGCAGAUGAGCGCCGGGCAGAUCGACGAGUACUGGAACAAUUUGGUCCUUGGUCUCAUCGGUAGCACUGUGGAAGGCAGCGACCACAUCACAGGUGUACGCCUGGUUGACAAACUCAGUCAAGGGCGCCACUCUUGCAUCAGAAUUGAAGUGUGGUUUAGCAAAUUGCCUAGUAGAGAUGUUCAAGACGCCUUGCUGAAGGAAGUCAACAGAUGCAUGGCAUCCAAAAUCGACGGAAGUGUUGGCAUGGUUCCAAGGGCAGACGUCAAGAAUCACGGCAAGUAG